AUGAGACUUUCGGUGGAUGCUACCGCAGCUGCUGAUAAUGGCGUCAUGUACCGACGUGAUGGCGACGGCAACGACAAUGAUGGUGACAACGAUCCAGAAGAAGAGGAGGAAGAAGAACAGCACGAUGGCGGCCACAACAACAACAAUGGAAAUCACAUUGAUCCAGAAGAAGAAGCAAAAAAGCAUCAAGAUGGCGACAACAACGACGGCAAUGGUGAGGACAAAACGGAUGCGCAACAGCAACCACCUCAGAUGUUGGAGGAACCCAAUCAGGCUGCCCUUGAAGACGUUGGUGGUGACAGCAACAACGACAACGACAACGACAACAACACUGAUGCCCAAAUGCCCAAGAAGAAGAAGAGAAGUGCUCUUACCUUUUAA